CCGGCCGCGACGCACGCUACACGCAGGCGCAAAUGUUACCGGCCGCACGCGGGAAAUAGUUGCGUCAAAAAUUUUAAAAUUAAAAAGAACAAUUUAAAAAAUCCGGAACAAUUACCUUUCGAAAUUCAAAUUUAAAAAAUAAGCUACUAAACUAUUUUGACUUAAGAAAUUGGAAUUAAAAAUUAUAUUUUAUUUUUUUUUGGAAUAAGAACAGAUUCGUGAAGAACAAUAAAAAUGGGUGUCAGUGCAAGGAUUUUCGGCUUGCUUCUUCUGAUUUCCGCUGCGAUCGCCAUUCCUACUGGCGAACCUAAGAAGGCUUUUACAAGAGAUUUCGCGGAAGAUCUGAUGGCGGAGCCCUCGGAAUUCAUACAAGAAGCAAUCGCCGCGCCAAAACGACAAGCUGUACUAGAGCAAGACCCGGCGUCCGACGGCGACCACUCCGUCGAGCUGGAGGGUGGCUCUCAGACCUUCUUCCCCUCCUUCGCCAACCUCUUCGAGCCUAGGCAAAACAACUUCAGACUCGGCUUCGGAAACCAAGAAGCGGCCUACAGCCAGCGACCCAACUGCUACAGAUCCCUCUUCAACUACCCAGUAUUCAACGGCUUCAGAGGCCUCGAGGGCUUUGGAAAGAACGAGAACCAACAGUCCGCCCCGCUCGUCGACGCUAGUGCUAGCGUCCUCGGCUCUGGAAACUUCGGCAUCAUCCGAGGAGGCACGUUCAGCGGCCAGAAUGACGAGGACGAAUACGAUGCAUUCAACUCGUUCUACAACAACGGACACGGGCGCCCCUCGCACUCCGUCGGCUACAUAGCCAAUCCGAGGCCCAACUACAACCAAGACCAAUUCGCCAACUUCAGAGACUUCGCUGACAUCAACACUCCAUCCAACUCGGCCUACUCCCACUACGUAGUCGUAUACGCCAACAAAAACGCAACAAUAGACGAAGUCGGUGAAGAAAGCAGGAAAGUGGUGUCCAAACCCAAAAACAUAAUCGAAACCUUGGAAAGUCUCGAUGAGAAAAAGCCCGUUUCGAAGAUGUCGAAAUCGAAAGCGAAGUUAGAACAAACAAAACAGAAAAUGCGAAACAAGAAAGAGCAGUGGAAGAAGGCGAAUUCCAAAUACAUGAGCAUAAAGCCCGAGUCUGAGGAGCCGUUAUUAGCGUUAAGUUAAAAUUAAUGUAGUUAUAUUUGUGUAGAUAGACUUAUUGAACGCGCGCUUGGGCUUAAAGAUGUGCCGCUUGCAAGAAAACCAAAAGUUUUAUUAUAAGUUCUGUAAAAUCGAACUCAGUUACACUGUCGAAAUUUUUAAUUACAGUGACCCGCUGUAUUUCUUACGGAGUGAGCAAUCUUUAAUCGCGUGACGCGUCUUCUCUUCCCUGUGGUGUAAAUAUUAAAGACUUGACUUACAUAAGUUCAAUGCAAUACCAGUAUUUAUAGUGCACAUGCAUUGGAAACGGCCCCGCAUUUGAAAUUGAAAAGUUCCCAUGAAUUGAAUACGUUUAUAGUAACUAAAUAACCAUCUGAAUUCAAUUAUUUCUGGUUAGUAGAAUUAAUGUUUGUAUCUUUCGAGUUUACUCAUUUCAAAUGAGUGUUCCAAUAGAAAUGAGUAAUUCAUGAUACAGUUAACACUCUGGCUUAUAAAGGCUGUCACUGUAUAAAGCCAAUCACGACAUCAAAAUAAUCUCAUACUAUAUAAAUAUUAUGUGUGUGUGGUGAAAAGUUUUAUAAUUUAUCAUUUUUGAAUGUAACUACGAAUCAGGAGGUAAUCAAAAUCACCUACUGAAAGUUCUCUUGUCUUUAAUGUUGCAUAUAUUGUCUUUAAUGUACAUCACAAUAUUAUUAUUUUUUUACCAUCUGAAAAUGACAUUACCUAUUAAUUUAUAAAAUAAACUAAUGACGACGACAACGACAACAGUGGCUGCAUGUUGGUUUUGACUAUUUGUUGCUCUGCCCACCCCAUUAGAGAUUACGGGAAGGAGUUUAUAACUAUUGACAGCUUUUAUUGGCCAGUUGUUAUGUAAAAAAAAACUUAUUAUAAGUCUCGUCGUUUUAGUGAAUAGAUCUACGAAAACGAAUUGAGCUCACUAUAAUAAUUUUAAUUGAAUAUGUGCGAUUGAAGUGUUCAAAUGUGUUGAAUGAAUUGUAAAAUGUAUGAAAAGUGAUUAUGUAUUAAAUUAAAUUCUUAAGAACUGAA